GGAGGUGACCAUCAACAGAGCUCCUGGCCCCUCCUGAACCUGGAGAUCGACCCCGAAUUCCAGCGGGUGCGGCCCAGAGAGGGAGAGAUGAAGACGCUCAACGACAAGUUCGCCUCCUUCAUCGACAAGGUGCGAUUCCUGGAGCAGCAGAACCGAGUCCUGGAGACCAAGUGGAAGCUGCUGCAGGAGCAGGGGGGGUCUGGCCCGGGGGGCAGGAGCCUGGAGCUCAUCUUUGAGGCCUACGUCAGCUCGCUCCGCAGGCAGCUCGACUCCCUCUCCGCGGAGAAGCUCCAGCUGCAGACAGAGCUCAAGAGCUCCCAGGACGCGGUCGAGGAGUUCAAGACCAA